AUGCUUUUCCGAAACCGUUUUCUGUUCUUGCUGGCUUUGGCAGCCUUAUUAGCCUUUCUGAGCCUCAGUCUACAAUUCUUGCAUUUAAUCCCAGUAAACCCCAUCAGGGAAGAUGCUUUGAGUCCUAAAAGCCGAAAGAGAAUAAUGCCUGAUUUGCUGACUGAGCCUCCUGCAAUAGAUCCUGUUUAUGAAGCUCAUGUUUACUGCAAUAUUCCCACCAUUGCUGAACGCAGCAUGGAAGGUCAUGCGCCUCAUUAUUUUAAGCUCGUGUCUGUUCAAGUGGUGAUUCGACAUGGCGACAGGUAUCCGCUGUAUGCCAUUCCCAAGACAAAAAGACCUGACAUUGACUGUAUGUUGCUGCCAAGCAGGAAACCUUCUCAUCCUCAGCUUGAAGCUUUCAUUAAACAUAUGUCCAAAGGGUCUGCAGCCCAAAUGGAUGGUUCCCUAAGCAGCCUGCCUCGUUACCCUAGUCAUUCUUUGUGCGAAAUGGGAGAGCUUACACAGACAGGGGUUGUACAACACUUGCGAAAUGGACAACUGUUACGAGAAAUUUAUAUAAACAAACAUAAACUGCUUCUGAGUGACUGGACAGCAAAACAGCUCUACUUGGAGACGACAGGAAAAAGUCGAACCCUGCAGAGUGCACUGGCACUGCUCUACACUUUCUUGCCAGAUUUUGACUGGAAGAAAAUUAACAUGAGGCAUCAGUGGAGCACCAUUUUUUGCUCUGGAAGCUGCGACUGUCCUAUGCGAAACCACUACCUAGAAGAGGAACAGCGCAGACAGUACAGUUUACGGGUGAAAAACAAUGAUUUGGAGAAAAUAUAUGUGGAUAUGGCAAAGAUUGUAGGCAUUCCCACCAGGCAGUUGAGAGCUUCUAAUCCAAUAGAUUCUCUCCUGUGCUAUUUUUGUCACAACGUCAGUUUUCCGUGUACCAAAACUGGUUGCAUUGGUAUGGAACACUUCAAAGUUAUCAAAAGACAUCAGUUGGAGGAUGAGAGAGAGAGACAGGAAAAGAAACUCUAUUUCUUGUAUGCACUAUUGGCUACUCAUCCUCUUCUCAACCAGACUGUUAAUCGGCUACAGCGUAUUGCAGAAGGCAAGAAAGAAGAAGUAUUUGUUCUUUACUCUGCACACGAUGUCACGUUGUCACCUGUUCUUAGUGCCUUGGGCAUUACAGAGGCCAGAUUUCCAAGAUUCGCUGCCAGAUUAGUUUUUGAGCUGUGGCAGGAUGGGAAGAGACCCAAAGAACACUUUAUCCGCAUCCUGUAUAAUGGCGCUGAUGUCACAUUCCAGACCUCGUUUUGCAAGGAUUAUUAUAAACGUUCCAGCAAGCCGAUGUGCCCACUAGAAAAAUUUGUUAACUUUGUCAAGAGGGAUAUGUUCUUGGUUUUUAACAGCACUAGUUAUUAUGAUGCAUGUCGUAGAAGACCACUGUAG